GACUUGAAGCUGCUCCGGAAGCGGAAGCAGAAAGUGGGCGCUCGGGCCGUCGCUGAGGAGCCGACGGGCCCGGGCCGCGAGGAUGAAGGAGGCGAAGCCCGAGCGGGAGCGGAGGCAGCGGCGGCGACGCCGGCGACGGCGGGAAGACGAGGACGAGCCGGGAGAAGCGGCGGGGAACGAAGUGCUAGUGCCGGAUCUGUCGCUGGUGAAGCAGGAACGGCGUAGCCCGAGCCCCGCGCCUCGCUCUCACCGGUCCCGGCCCCGGUCCCGGGCCCGGCGCGGCUCCUCGGGAAGUCCGAGCCCAGCGCCUGACGAGGAGGCUUCGCUGCCGCCCCCGGCGCCGGCCCCGCGAGCUCGCAGCGCUCGCGCCUCUGGGGACCGCGCCGGCAGCUGCAGCAGGUCACCAACCAAAAGAAAAAAUAAAUCCAUUGGGAGAAGAAGCAGAUCUCGGAGUAAGAGAAGCCGUAGCCCUCACCAUCCUGUAGUCAAGGUGAAGCAGGAACGUGAAAACCAUCCCCGAAGAGGAAGAGAAGAAAGGCAACACAGAGAACAAUCAGAUCAAGAACAUAGGCGAGAGAGAAAUGGUGACCGGGACAGACACCAUAGCCAUUCUAACCAGAGGAAAACCACCAGUGAAAGACCUAGUGGUGGACGGAACCGAGAUGCCCAGAAUCUACAGGAACAGGAAGAGGAAAGAGAGUUUUAUAACUCUCGGCGACGGGAACGUCGCCAGAAGAAAGAUGUUCGUGGUAGCAGUGAUGAAAACCAGGAGAGUGUUCCUCAAUCUGCUGGUGGUCACAGUAAAGGAAAAGACUCACCAAAUAAAGAGAAACCCAGCUUUGAACUGUCAGGGGCACUUCUUGAGGAUGCCAACAUGUUCCGGGGUGUGGUGAUAAAAUACAGUGAACCUCCAGAAGCACGAAUCCCAAAAAAACGCUGGCGCCUUUAUCCCUUUAAGAAUGAUGAGGUGCUCCCAGUCAUGUAUAUCCACAGACAAAGUGCUUAUCUCCUGGGCCGACACCGACGAAUUGCAGAUAUUCCUAUUGACCAUCCCUCUUGUUCCAAGCAGCAUGCAGUAUUUCAGUAUAGGCUUGUAGAAUAUACCCGUGCUGAUGGAACAGUUGGCCGAAGGGUUAGGCCAUAUAUCAUCGACCUUGGCUCUGGCAAUGGGACCUUCUUGAACAACCAGCGCAUUGAGCCACAGCGUUACUAUGAACUGAAGGAGAAGGAUGUGCUAAAAUUUGGGUUCAGCAGCAGAGAGUAUGUACUGCUCCAUGAGUCUUCAGACACCUCUGAGGUGGAUAGGAAAGAAGAUGAAGAUGAGGAGGAAGAGGAAAUAUCUGACAGCUAGCAAAUUCAGAAGAAGCUCUUGUAGCUGCUAAGAGAAUUUUUCCUUUGUGGGAGGCCUGGACUUGGGAUUUAAAGAGCAGAGUAGCACUCCCUGGUGCCUCUUAUUGCCUUAAGUCUUUCCUAUGUUGCUGAUUAGCUUAUGUUAAAAUUUAAGAAAUUUGACAAUUUGUGGUUUUGGUUGAACUUAUUUCUGUGAUCUGUUAGCCACACAAGUGUGGCCAUUUGCUUUCAGAAUAAUUUCACCAAUAACGGUCAUCCAUUGUGUGUGAUAGAAGCAUGAUGGCGUGGCAUGAGUUGGUGCUCUGGAAACUAUUGCCUGGAAACUGUAGACCUUUGGUUAAAAGGAGAGACGUGGCAUGUUCUCUUUGUGCAGCUAUUUGCUUUGUACAGUGACUUGUUAAGAAAUAUGGACCAGCAGUUUUUCACAUUUUAUUUUUUGUAAAUACCUAAAUAGAGAAUUUGUUUUGUGAGUUUUUGGUUGUCAUCAAAUCAGACUCCCCCAGUAUAUACACUGAAGCUUCAGUUCAGUUAACAUUGAAUCACAGAAAACAAUUUCACUAUUUAGGUCUUUAGGGAUGAGAAUUUUACCACACAUAUGACCUUAUUGACUGCUUAUAUGCAGACAAAUGUUGGAUCCUGAUGAAAUACGUGACAGGGCAGUAAAAUCAUGGCUAUUGUGGAGAAGAAAUUGAAAUGAGCCAUGGAUCUGUUUCUUACAUAAGACAAUUUCUCUGUUUCCCUAAGUAGCUUGGGUCUCUCAUCAGUUUGCAUUUUCUUGUAUGUUUAACUGCUUUGCAUUUAUUAUAAUAUCACUUUUUACUCCUAAUUCAGUGUCACUUUUGUGGGAGGAUUGCCUCAGAUGUUGGAACAGUCUGUUCAUUUCAUCUUGAUUUGUGUGUGCUAGAAAGAAAUUUUUUGUUCUGCUUAUUGUAUUUCUUACUAUCCUGAAAAGCCAUGUCUGUCAUCUUUUUCUUUCUUUCCCACAAGGAGGGGAAAGAACUGAGGCAAGGGAAACACCUAUUUGCUAAUCUUCCCCAAGUCAGAUAUGUAUACAUGGAAUUUUGUCUGUGUACAUAUGUUGUAAAUGGAUUGGAUGAGAGCGUGUAUGGAUGGAUGUGUGAAGGUGGUGUGUACUACAUGCAACUGAGUGUUGUGUUUUUUUUUUUGUAAUAUAAAUGGAAUACUACAUUAUGAGUAAAGGCACAAGUCAACCUGUUAUUUGAAUAGCAGGAUCUCAUUUAUAUAUAGUUUGGGAUUACACAAUAAAAGAAUUUGUAAAUGUAAUCCUACUCAGCCCCAAAGUGUAAUACUUUUCUAGUGUAAAGGUUUUUGAUAUUUUUUUGUUUUUUUUUUAAAAGGUUUACAUUUUUAAUUUUUCUUUGAAGUGGAAAUAAAUGGAAAUUGAGAGGAAAAGAGGUGGGAACACCACUGAUAACCUGAGUGAAAUUCCAAAUCAUUAAUCUGUAUAAAUGAGUGUUGAGCAUUUUGAAGCAUUAGUGCUUUCUAAAUUGAGAGCAACAUGUUUGUCCUUACCAGUGAGUGUAAAGAAGCUUUUGUGUAUGCUAUGUAUAGUUGGCUCUGUAUAAACCAAGGCCUGAUUAUUCAGUCAAUGAAUUAUCUGUGCCCUUCUCUCUUUCCCUCCCAUAGGGCCUUCCUAUUUCAUUCUGCACAAACACUACUACCAGAGUGCUGGCCAAGGAAGGAAAAAGAGAAAUGGAAAGUAAAUCAGUUUUGCAAUUAAUUAGCUCUUAGCUUGAAAUGUAUGAGACUGAGAUUCUCUCUGCAUGUUGGUGGUUUAUCUUUGCUUUUCUUCCAGUGUAUGUUAUGAUGUUCAGACAGCUGGCCAAUAUUGACCACUGAUGUAUGGCGAAGAGGAGCGAGGAUUAGUGCUUAUUGUUCAGCUCUGGGGACAAAAAGCCUUGAAAAACACCUACUUAAGAUUUUGUGAACUUUUAAGAAGCUUAAAAAGGGCAAAACAUAGCAAUUUGCAGUUUGUUUUCCCCUAGUUUUGUCUCCAGUGACUUAGCCAGCUACUACAUGCUAAUGUCCAGUAUCCAGUAUAUGCCUGUAUAGAAUCCCAAUUUUGUGUUCUUUAAUUUUCUUUGAAACAGAUCGAGUUUUCCUUUGGCCUGGUCUUACUUUUUGUCUCACUCUGGUGCUUCUCUGGUCAGUUGUGUUACUACAUUGAUUGCCAGUGGGUUUUAAAAUCACCUGACUGCAAGGCAACUUGAAGUUUUACUUCCAGCCUAUACCUUGGUGGAUGUAUCAAUAGAGCAUAGAGAGAAUACCAACUUUCCUGUUGUGUGCUGUGUGCUGAUGGCAUGGACAGGUGUUUUUGUAGUAGGUUUUCUUCUUGACAAGAGAAUAAUGGUGCCUAGAUUUGUGAUUCUGAUGAAAGACUUAUUUGUAAAGCAUGAGACCAGUAGGCCUGGGAGCAAGGUCAGCUGAGAUGCAAUUCUCUAACUCCAAAGCCAGGUAUCACCAGCAACUUUCUAAACUGGAGUAGUGACAAAUGUGUGAUUUGUUCUUAUAUGUUCUGUUAGAGAAACGUAUUUAGUUGUUCCAUUUGGUUUCCUCUUCUCCCAUCUCUUGUCAAAUUUUAUUGGUUUGUUUGCAGUACCUUUUUUUCUACUUCAAGAAAGAAUGACUGUCUAAACCAAAGCAAAGUGAAAAUCAAAAUGCUUUCGAACUCUGGUCACUUGCAUCUCCUUUCUGAAUUCUAUAAUCAAUCUGAAGUUCUCCUGAGUUCUGUGUGAGUCCUAUUUCCUCAAAACUUCCCCUUAAGUGUUUUCUCCAGUCAUACCGUACCUAUCCCCUUGUCCUCUUAUAGGCAAGCAGCAUUUCAAUAACUCAAUUUGUGAAGCAAUCUAGUAAUAAAUAAAAAGCAGAAUUAAUAACUUAUGUCUGUAAAGAGUGGUUUGGGUUGAAUUUUUUAAAUGGAAUUUUUAUUACUGUAUUUACAUCAGUAUGCCAGUAUGCAAUGCAGCAAGGUUUUGGAAAUUCAUCACUUUUUAAAAACAACAGACUUCAGGAUGAUUAUUAUUUGAUAAAUAGUACAAAUGUUUACAUUUUAUAAGUCCCCCUUCCCCCUUUUUUUAAAUCAGUUAUUUGGCUAAGAAAUGAAACAAUGUUAAGUUGAAGUAGAGUUUCAGUGUGGUAUGUUCAGGUAAAUGCCAGCAGUCUCUGAAGAUUAAAAUAAAGUAUUCAGAAUAUACUUUGUUCUCAAAUGUAUAUAAGUUUGUAUCAAGUGAAAUAGUUACUCACUUUUAAAUUAAAGUUUUGGAAUUAAAAAAA